UUCAUCCUGGCAGGAGGGGCCCGCUGUGUCCGCAGGGUUGAUCCGUGGCUGAAGGUCCAUCUGAGGCCAUGUCGGGUCGCUCAGUGCCACACGCCCACCCGGCCACCACCGAGUACGAGUUCGCUAAUCCGAGCCGCUUAGGUGAACAACGAUUUGGGGAAGGCCUGCUCCCAGAGGAGAUCCUGACUCCCACCCUGUACCAUGGCUACUAUGUCCGACCACGUGCAGCUCCAGCUGGGGAAAGCAGUGGAGCAGGGGCCUCUGAGCUCCGUCUUAGUGAAGGCAAGUUCCAGGCCUUCCUGGAUGUGAGUCAUUUUACCCCAGAUGAGGUGACAGUGAGGACCGUGGACAACCUGCUGGAGGUGUCUGCCCGGCAUCCUCAGCGCCUGGAUCGACACGGUUUUGUUUCUCGUGAGUUCUGCCGUACCUAUGUCCUGCCUGCUGAUGUCGAUCCCUGGCGAAUUAGGGCUGCACUCUCCCAUGACGGUAUUCUUCAUCUGGAGGCUCCACGGGGAGGAAGACGAUUGGACACAGAGGUCAAUGAGGUCCACAUUUCUCUGUUACCUAGGCCUCCUGACCAGGAGGAAGAAGGGGAGGGAGACAUGAUGGGCCUCUGAUUAUCUUAAACCUGGCACCAAGCAAGUCCCUUUCCAUCCUACAGGAAGGGCUAUUGCUAUAUGGUUAGGAGAGCAGCUGCCCACCAGCUUAGAGACAGUUAUAUCUCAUGAGGGAAAGGAAU